GUACCACCUCUACCACCUACGCCAGAGUAAAAGGUUUUGGUUUUUGUCUUGUUGCUUUGUGUGAUUCUCGACUCUCUGUUCUGCGUCUGCGUCCCGUUCUCGUGGCCAAAAAGAAAGAAAGGCAAGCGAACGUUUUCGCUCCGUGUUCGUGCUCAAUCUUAAAUUCGAAAUAAUCUUAAAAAAUGUCUCGCAGUGCGUACCUGCUGUGUGUGCUGUUUUUAGGCGCCAGUUGCUUGGUUUUUAGUGCGAGUGCUGCGCGGAAUUAUCGCAAGGGUUACAAGACAACGGAGCCGCCCACCACGCCACCGCCUCCCCAGACGCCCAAGGAAUAUCUGGACAGUCGGCCCGGAAUCUCCACAUUUGGCAUCAUUGCCAUUAUCUUCACCGUAAUCGUCCUCUGCCUGAUCUUCUACUACGGCAUCAUUUGCUACCCCUUACUGUGCCGCGAUGAGAAGAAAUAUAGGUUUAUGGACGUGUCCUCGACGAUUACUGCUGCCACAUCGCGCUCCAUUCAGUCAAUAGAGAAUUAUCCCGAUCAGAAGCACCACCAUCAGUUGGCCUGAUUUGAGGUCUAACCAUCCGAAGGAUCGUGGUUUAGUUUAACUUCUAUAUAGUAACUCAAAAAAGACUUCAACGCCAGCCAGAAACGAAAAUCCAUAAGUAUGAUUCAGAUUAUAAGUCCAAAGCGAAACCGACAAGAAAUAUCCCCAAAAUAGAUAUUUUAUUAACUAAUUUGCAUAGGAAACCUGAUUAAUAUAAGCUACAAUCUUUUCGUAUAGACUCAAAACGAAUUUCCUGCUCUUAUUACCGUAUCCCAUAAUAUUUGGAAAAUAUAAAAUCUCAAGAAAAGUCGAAUUUUAACAGAGUCAAGACACUAGGUACAAAUAAGAACACAAAAAAAAUGUAGCUUAAACAACAAGUUUACCCAUUUACUUGUUUGGUUACAAUAUUUACGAAUUACAAAAAUACCUUCAAAUCCAUUUCAUACCUUAAUGUUACUUGUCAGUUGCACUUAAGGGCCACAAAGCAAUAACCAGUUAAGAAGUUCCCUGGAAAGGGAAUUAAUCAUUCAUAAUUGUAAAUUGGGUUUCCUACGCAUCCCCGACCGUUUCUUUAUCUGUUGUUCCUCUUAAUCCCAGGCUCAACAAGUUUGGCCUGUCCUCCGACCCUUUUUACCUUUUCCCUCCUGCAUCUUCGCUCUUUUUAUUUCUUUUUAUACAGGUAGUUUUAGCCGUU